AUGAAACGCAGAGGUCGGAGUGGACCUGUACGCAAAAGAUUGCGAGUCACUACAGGCUGUAAAACUUGUCGUGGCCGCCGCGUGAAGUGCGAUGAAACAAGACCGAUUUGUAGCAAUUGCGCGAGAAAGAAUAGGCCAUGCACGUAUGAGGAUGCUCCCAGUAGCACUGGGAACACAACUUCCGAGCCAGGGCCGCUGCGUCGUUUGAAACGCGCAUAUCCGCAGGAUGACGGUCAAAAUAGCAGGGAUUUAUCUAGUGGCCAACAAGAUAUGAGUUAUCACUCCCUGGGAGCUGCGUCCUCGCAAACCCGCCUGUCACGGAGCGAGCGAAACAGGGCCGGAGUAUUGCCUGAAACUCAGAGAGACGCACCAUUUUCCCUAAACGGGAUGGAUGCGAUCGAUCUUCGCAGUCUGGAAAUACUGACAGCUCCACAUGACUCGCCCUCACCAAAUCUGGCUGCCAUCUUCUCGCACGUUGAAAGGCCUCCGUCCUAUUCGGCGGCGGUCGAGCUGGUUCCUGUGGCCAGCUUCGCAGGUGAUCGUGGCCGGCGGAACAGUGAAGACCGUUCAAUACCACUCCUCGUACAGCAGCAGAUCGAAUUGAGUGCGGCGGAAGUAACCAUUUUCCGGAAUUACGUUGAACGAGUUUCCAGAUGGAUCGAUUCAUUCUCCCGGGACCAGCCAUUCUACAGGAAAGUGCCGAUCAUGGCGCUUCAGUGUCCUGUCCUCAUGAACUCAUGCCUUGCACUGUCAAUGAAGCAAUCAACCCUGAAGGCAUCAGGAGACGAGCAACGUAUUCGCGAGAAUGCUGCCAUUCAUUAUCACCAAAAAGCUAUCAAGGCGCUAAGUACGCUACUGGCGGAUACUGAAUGUGCCUCGAGAGAUGAGAUUCUAGCCUCAAGUAUUAUCCUUUCGACGUAUGAGAUGUUCGAUGUCGUGGGCGAGAACUUCGGGUCUCAUUUAGGUGGCGUCGCGUUUUUCUUACAAUCUCGUCGGGUUUACGGUGAUCAAUGCGGACUCCAGGGCGCUGUGUACUGGACGUGGUACAGACACGAAAUCUGGGCGGCCCUUCAAACCGGUCGACAGAUGCUCCUCGACGAGGCAUAUUGGCAGCCCCCGCCUAUUGAGACUUUCGAAGGUGUCUGCGUCGAGGACAUAGCAAAUCGCGUGAUUUUUAUAUUUGGGCAAUGCGUGUCCUUCUGCAAUCCAGGUGAUACGGGCGGCGGUAGUAUCGACGAGAAGAUUGAUGCUCGGCAACGUAGAGUUACCACCUUGGAUGCUGCGCUGGAGGAUUGGAAACGAAAGCUUCCGUGUUCCAUGUCCCAUUUCUUUGCAGAGCCGACAGCAUCUCGGGAUCAGAAUGUGUCUCAUCAGUUUCCCUUUUUGUGGUUUAUGUAUCCACAGAGCGCCAUUGCCUAUCAAGUCUAUCACGCCUCGAAAAUCUUGCUCAACCUACAUCGACCACCAAUACCAGUCGAGAGCCGCGGUUUGGGCCGCACGCAGUCUCUCUGGACCCGCCGCCAAAUUGAGCGAUCUCGCGAGCAGAUAUUCUUGGUCUCGAAUGCGGGCGUUCCCGACACCUGGAGCCUGGUCUCCACACAAUGUCUGUACAUUGCGGGACUUGUAACUGAAGGGGUGUUGGAAAGACAACGGACGCUUGAGCUGAUUGAAGACUGCCAGAAGAGUUCCGGUCGACGGACCAUAUGUCUUGCGGACGAGCUGCGAAGACUGUGGGUUCAAUGAGUCGCAGACCUUGGGGAUAAACUUUGCGCAUAUCCUUUUAUCGUCGGAUUACGGUGGAGAUGUGGGACAGACUUGGCGAAUUGCCGUUGAGUGCGAGAUCAUUCAUGGCUCAACUCGUUUCUCGCUCAGUUCUCUGAUUGGCCAAUUAUGGCCCAGUCCAUCAUGAUGUGGUCAGU